AUGUCCAAUAUUGAAUCAGAGUCUUUGUUGGCGGUGAAGAGCUUACGCUCGAAAUUCGAGCAACUCGCCGUGGACCCGCCCAAGCAGAACAAUUUACUUGAACCACCAUCGCACAGACCCAGAAGGCAGUCUGGCGGAAAUCAGACAGUUACCACCUCCAAUUCUCCUCAGCAAUCAUUGAGAAACGCGUCUUCUACUUCAGAUUUGAAGGGGACGAAAAGACCUCCCCCACCUCCACCCCAGUCUCAUCGCUCACCUUCACGUACACCUUCACCAUCACGGUCAAACUCGAGCUUGAGUUCUUCGCCACCUUCGCCCCCGGCUUCUUCCACGUCCCCCCUUACUCGCACAGUACCACCUCCCGCCAUUUCAAGCCGGGUUGGGUCCUUUGGAGCGAGCUCAGCUUCUGGUUGUACGGAAGAGUCUGUCAACAACAUUGAAGGACUUCCUAUACCCAAUGGCGUUUCAACCUUACGCAGCAAGUUCAUGCAUGCAAAAUCACCACCAAAGCUAAACGGUGUCCACGCGAACGGUGACCACCACACAAAACCCGCCAUUCCCCCCAGGAAGUCGAGCUCGGAACCCGUCGCUCCGGUGAACAUUAGUCCAGAAGAGAAUCUUCUCGAGCCAGAGAAUGUUUUCAACCCUCUGUACCAUUCCAAAUCGCCUUCAUCACAUUCCAACUCUUCCUCUUCAGGUUCUAUCAAUCUCUUAGAUGAUUCAUCUUCGGAUGAAACUGAUAUCACCGUCGAUGAGGCCGAUCUAUCGUCUGCCUCAACCACGACCCUGCCACCAGCACUGCCAGCUAGAAAACCCCGCGUUAGCGAUGGCAUGUCAGCCUCAACUUCAUCGUUACUUCCCCACCUUCGCCCACCUCCUCCACGACCUCCAAGACAUCGACAACCUACAGAAUUGUUACCCGAAAUAAUUACCAGCGCUUCACCCUCACCACCUCCGCUACCCGCUAGACGAGGUACCAUAGAUCUUUCGGUGCCUCUCAGCGCAAACGUGCCCCCUCCACGGCACCCGUUAGCCUCCAAUUCAGUAACCUCAUUGCACCAUCCACCUCCACCUCCACCACAUCCUCAUAAUCACAGCCGAAUCCUUUCGGCCACAAACAUCACAUCUGUAAAUGAUAACGCCCUCUCGGCAUCGCCUAUAUCUGUAAUUCCCACAACUACCGUUUCCAACGAACGUAAAACUUUUGGUAAACUUCCACCUCCUCCUACUCGAACCAUCGCUCCAGGUGACAAGCUACCACCCGCUCGUAGACCCCAAACGCCUUCAUCAGACGAAGACGAGGAUUCCGAAGACGAAGCUGAUGUGAAGAGUGCAGGUGUGGACAUGUUACCCGAUUCUUCCAGGAGUUCUCGACGACCUCCCCAACUUCUCUUUAAAUCUUAUAACUCCCCGAUACACGGAUACGGGACGGGUGUGGAAAACCGGAUACAAGUACCAGCGCAUACAGGAUAUCUGGUGACAGCGAAUGGGCGUGUUGUUGUCGGACAUACGCACCAUUUCAGGGUGUGGGAUAUAGCGUGGAGUGUGGACGUUCCGGUCCUGGAUUUGGAUUUGAGGGUUCUUGGGAGGGAUUCCAAGGUCUCGAUGACUGUCACGGCUCUUGAAGUUCGAUCUUCGUCUGUCAAUGGGGCCGAUGAGAAAGGGAAAGGCAGGGAUCGAGCGAAUACUGGUAUUGCAGGGAGCGUUGUUUGGGUUGGAACGAAGGAGGGUCAUUUGAUUGAGGUUAAUAUUGUCAGUGGGGAACUCACUGGAUGCAAGUUUUCAGCCCAUAUGCAUUCCGUUUUGCAUAUCUUUCGGUAUGGGGGUGCGAUGAUCAGCGUUGAUGAUAGCGGGAAGGUCUUGAUUUUUGGAUCUCACGAGGAGCCUAUGGCGGAUCUGCUGAAGACGACACCGAGGGUUAUGCGGAUUACGGAUAAGCUUGAUUUUGCGAAGAUUAUCGGGUGUGGGUUCCUUUGGACUGCUGGACGAUCUGAGGUUCAUUGUGCUGGUACGCCUCAGCGGGUACCUAUCAUACGGAUCUAUGAUCUAUUCCCUGUUCCUGGGGGCAGUGGAUCUUCUUGCUCUUAUUCUUCUUCUGCUGCGCCGAGUAGGACAGGACAUGGAAAAACGGUGUUUCCGAUUGAACAUGUUGGGCCAGUGACGAGUGCUUCCGUUGUUCCUGCGAAUCCUGGUAUUCUGUAUGUUGGACAUGAGGAAGGCUUCAUCUCGAUUUGGGAGUUGGGUGGUGAAAGUGGGAUGGAGAGGGAGUUGCCUAAAUGUGUGGAGGUGAUGAAGGUUUCUGCGAGCGAUAUCUUGAGCGUGGAGGGUGUGAAUGAUAGGUUAUGGGUGGGCUCUAGGAACGGGAUGAUUUCUGCGUACGAUGUCGCACCGAGACCGUGGUUGUUGACGAAUUGUUGGAACGCUCAUCCUGGGUUACCUGUCAACAAGUUAACUGUAGACGCUUGGGGGUUGUUGGAUGGGAAGAGGAGGUUUGGUGUCGUUAGUGUUGGGAGGGAUGAGAGGGUCGGGUUGUGGGAUGGGCUUUUGGCGAAUGAUUGGAUGGAGAAGGAGUUGAUGAAGUAUGAAACGGAGUUUUCGACUUACCGCGAGCUCAAGUUGCUCAUCGUUUCGUGGAACUGUGAUUCGGCGAAACCAGACGCGUUGACGGGUACCAGGGAUAAUGUCAACUUUUUGCACGAUGUGUUGACGUCGCUAAAUGACGAGGGUGGACCAGAUAUCAUUGCGUUUGGGCUUCAGGAAGUUAUUGAUUUGGAGAGUAGGAAGAUGGCUGCCAAGAACGUCAUUUUGGGAGGAGGACACGGGAUGAAGAAGAGCAAGGGUUUGACGGUUGGCGUUGUAUCGUCCUCUUCAGCUGCGGGCGUGGAUGAGACGGUUCUUCUGGGACUCUCAGACAAGGUUACCGGCGCCUAUAAGAGGUGGUACGAUGCACUGGUGUUGGCUGUUAGGUUGGCUAUGCCACCCGAUUGCCCGUAUUCUGUUGUACAUACGGAGAGUUUGGUGGGGUUGUUUUCGUGCAUCUUCGUGAAGCACUCGGAGCGAAAUGCAUUGAAGGAUCUGGCAAUUACGACUGUGAAAAGAGGGAUGGGAGGGAGGUAUGGCAAUAAGGGAGGAAUUAUUUCACGAUUUGUUAUCGAAGAUUCUUCUUUGUGCUUUGUCAAUUGUCAUCUAGCAGCCGGUCAACAUGCUCUUCGAAGUAGGAAUGCGGAUGUUGCAGGAAUGCUUGAGGAGAAGAUGCUUUUCCCCAUGACCUUGGAACCGCAAGCGUUCGUUGGAGGGGGUGAUGGAUCCAUGGUUUUGGAUCAUGAAACUGUCUUUGUCAAUGGAGACAUGAACUACCGAAUCGACCAACGCCGCGACGUCAUUGUCUCAGCUGUCAAAGCCGGAGAGCACGAAAACAUGCUUGUUCAUGACCAGCUCCUCAAAGAGAUCAAGUACAACCGUGGUUGUCGAUUCCGGACUUUCUUUGAAGGCCCUCUGACUUUCGCACCGACGUACAAAUAUGACAGACGCUCCAACGAGUAUGAUACGUCUGAGAAAAGGAGGGCUCCUGCUUGGUGUGACCGUGUUCUAUGGAGAGCGGGGAAGGGAAGGGUUGAACAACUGCAUUAUAAGAGGUGGGAGGUGGAUGUGUCGGACCAUAGGCCUAUCAGUGCUGCGUUCAGGGUGACGGUUAAGAAUGUGAAACAGGAGAUUAGGCAUAGGGUUAAGCAGGAAGUUGAGGUUGCGUGGGUCGAUGAGGAGGCUAGGAGGCUCAAGACUCUUGAGGAAUUUUAUGCGAUGACGUUGGUGGUGAUUUGA